UGCGACAGGUGGGGCGCUUUGUUUUACUAACUGCGUCUCCAUAUUUAUAUUCAAACUGUUUUGCAUAAAAAUUUCCUUUAUAUUAGAGGUUUUGUUAAGAGCUUCAGACAUCACUUUAGGAGCAGCGGACUCGUCGACUGAACGGCUGGCAGAAAAUGGAAACGGACAAUUACGGUCUUUGCACCCUGACGCCCGCUCCUCUUGCCGGCGUCAAUCUUUCCCAGCCGGCACCGUCCAGUUCUUCUGGCAUUUUGCAAGCUUUUGAGAGGCCGGUGAACUUCAUGGACGAGUUCUCCCCGUUCCCCGUCCACUGCCAGCGCACAGAGCAUCAUUACCCCUACGCUGAGUGCCUGUACGGCGACUGCUACGACAACGCGUUUUUCUAUCCGGUGUCUGCUCCGAAUUUUGGCCAUUACGACUCCCAGCACGAACCGGCGUUCAUCCGCAAAAGAAACGAAAGGGAGAGACAGAGAGUCAAGUUCGUGAACGAAGGCUACGAGAAACUUCGGCAGCACCUGCCCCAGGAGUACGCACAGAAGAGACUCAGCAAAGUUGAGACACUGCGGGCCGCCAUAAAGCACAUCAAACAUCUGCAGGCCUGCCUGCGCGUCGACGGCGCGGCUGCGUCCGGUAUGGGAGCGGAGGGAGCCGCUCGUACUGAGGCUGUGAUGCACGGAUGUUGACACAAGUUGUGAUGUGCUUUAAAUAAUUUCAGCGGUGCACAUUGCUCAUUGUGUCCCCGUUCUUGUAGUGCGUGAGCUGACAACAGUUUUUUACAAAGGGAACGCACUGAAAAAAGAUGUUGCAGAUAAGAGCGCUCUUUUAGGAAGAUCAACGGAAACUGCAGAGA